GUUUCCUCGGGGAACUCCGUUUUCCUCAAUCCAACUAUGACCAUGAUGAUUAUGAUGAUUGCAGGUUUUAUUUCCUAUCAUUCAGCUAGUGGGCGUUCAUCAUAGCAGUCGAAUGUCUAGCUGCGAGAUGGGUUCCCUUGUAUGUAUAGCUACAUGCAUGUGCGUAUACUUGGCAUGUUUGCUCUUCGCCGAUGGAUUGAAGAACUCUCACAUUGUGUGUCCCCCAUGCACGUGUGAGAGAGAUAUGCGCUAUGAAGGACUAAUGGUCAACUGCAUGGGACUGCGCUUAAAGAGCCUUCCUGUUCAGCUUCCCGUCAAUACCACGACAUUACUUCUCAGCAACAACGAGGUGACGAAUCUGACAGAACAGAUGUUUCAACGUUUCCCUCAUCUUCGAGCUCUUGACCUCUCUCAUAAUUCGAUCGUCACGAUCCAUGAAAAUGGCUUUAAGGGAAUAUCGAAGCUGAAGAAGCUAAACCUACAGUUCAAUCAGUUGGUGCUGGACUCGCAAACGUAUCACCCCAACGUGUUCAAGGAUCUCACGGAAUUAGAAGAAUUAAGGAUCGUAGAUAACGUUAACAACAUAGAUCACCCCAACGCCACAUACCCAGACCAGAGUUUUCAACACUUGACAUCCUUGAAGGUGCUGUAUCUUGAUGGACUUCCGACUGACUUUGGUCCUGGAUUUGGUCAGUUGAGGAAUCUGAGGAAUCUGACUUUAUCAGGGUAUAUGAAGUACUGUUAUCUACCCGUGCUGCAGAACACCACAUUCACAAAUGUACCAACAGUUCAACAUCUUAACAUCAGCAACUGUGACAUAAUCCGGACGGACCUUCUCACCUUUCAACCGAUGAAACAUAUUCAGUUGAUAGACAUCUCGGAUAACAGACAUCUUGGGUUUAAUAAUGCCACCAAUGCUACAUAUGGUCUUCAACAUUCGUCUCUACAAAUACUUCGAGCUAAUCGUAUAUAUCCUACCUGGGACGUAUGUUCACAUUUACGCGUUUCGCAUAUUAAGUACUUGAAACAGACCCAUUUGAGAGAGUUGCAUAUAGAUGGUAAUGGCAUAAUAGGAAUAGGCUUGAACGUUGUCAAUUAUAUGCCUCAAAGUCUUGAAAGACUUUUUGCUCGUUGGAACAAAUUUCAGUCGGGGUUCAUUUCAUUUAUGAACCCUCGCAUGCCUAUAAAGUUUCUUGAUAUUACGGGAAUAAACGUAGUUCAAAAGCCUUUCAUACCUCUACAAAGACACUUCAAUUCAAUUCCAACCCCGUGUCCACCAAAACUUAAAACCAUCAUUGCAUCCUGGUGUUCUCUGAAAGGCUCUAUUGGACACUUACAGCUUAUUAAGAGUAACAUAAGGAAGGUCAUUAUGAAACAUAAUUAUUUUACCGGCCUCGAAGGACCACUUGUAGGUUCUCAGAAAUUAGAAAUCUUUGACCUUUCCCACAAUGUACUUCAGACAAUUGGAAAUAAGGUUUUUGAAAAAGAUAAUUCAGUUGAAAUACUUAACCUAAGUUACAACCAUCUUGGGGUAGCUUUAAGAAAUGACAAGAGAGGAGAUAUCUUUGAAAGAUUAGGAAAAAUUCGACAUCUGGACCUUUCAGGAAAUUCCAUUUCAUGUUUGCCUACCAGAAUAUUUAGAGGUCUGAGAAAUGUCAAGACCAUAAACUUGACUGACAAUUAUUUGACUUCGUUUCACGCCUACCUUAGUAAGAGCAUGACAAAGCUUGACCUCGGUGGGAAUAAAAUACAAAUGGUGCCUCCCCACGUUCUGGAGCAAUUUGACAAAUUACCUACGUUGUUGGUAAAUCUAGGCUAUAACCCGAUAUCCUGUACAUGUGAAGGAUUAUACUUCUUAAGAUGGUUGAGUGAAAAUAAACAUCGCGUCCUUGGCGUUGAAGCAAUGUCUUGUAGUAUGGAGCGCUAUAUUACAAAUGACUCUCAAAUUACAAACUUAGACGUGAUUAUUGGAAUUUUAGCCAAACAGUGUAGUGCUGUCAACAUCGUAACCAUUUCGGUGUCCUUAUCUUUACUCAUAUUACUUCUUGGGGUUAUCUUCGUUGCGAUUUGUUAUCGUCACAGAUGGAAGCUCCGUUACCUCUACCAUGUUGGGAGACGGGGCUAUCAAGUUCAACACGCUGUAGACAAUGUUCCUGAUGAUUUGUUUGAAUACGAUGUAUUCGUGUCCUAUGCAGCGCCGGAUAGAAGAUUCGUCAUUGACUCUAUGAUGCAAGAGCUUGAGACAAAGGCCGAACUGCGCAUGUGCAUCCAUGAUAGAGACUUCCUGCCAGGGGAGGUAAUCGCUACGAACAUCGUUGACACCAUUCAAAGAAGCCGGAAGACCUUGAUUGUUUUGUCCCCUUCGUUCCUGAAGAGUCACUGGUGCGAGUUCGAGUACAAUAUGGCCAUUAUGGAAGGAGUGCAUCGAAGACAGAACAUAGUGAUAGUAGUUCUGUAUGAGUAUGUACCGAUCAAGGACUUACCAAAGGACCUGGCGGUAAUGUUUCGAAAUAACUCCUAUUUGGAAUACAGCGAGGAGGUGUUCGGAAACGUGGUUUUCUGGCGAAAUGUAGUGGAGGCAAUAAACACCACGAGAAUCGCAGACUGAGGGACUGUCAGGUUCAGCCAUGGUUACGUAUCUAUUGCAGAGACAGACUGUUUCAAAAUGUAUUCAGUCAAUACAUCCAAUCUCAUUAAAAUCAGACCUUCGUUCUCGCUACCGCUAAACAAAGAUC